CUUUGCUGUACGGCACUGAGAGUCUGGGAUAAACACAAUCAACUAAGAAAAUAAGUUUCUAAUCAGAAUAAGUGAGAUUUCAGUAACUGGUUAAAUCAGUGUCAGUUUUCAUUCAUCGUUGAUAACUUAUCUGGUGGAUAUCGAUAUCAUAAUGAAUGCACUAUACAUUGUUACUAUUUUUGCACUCGUGACACAAAUAGUUGCGGAAGAUUGUGACUGUAAGCAAUGUGAUGCGAACAAAGUAAUUGGUCUUGAAAAUGAUAAUGGAUCAGAAGAGGAUAGUGACGGUGAUGGAAAUAAAACAAUUUGUGCUCGAGAUCGUGAUUAUGAUGAUCGAUCAUUCCCAAGUAUAUGUCACAUGCGUUGCCUUAAUAGAUGCACUCGUUUUGGUCUUCAAACUUUAAACAGGAAUAAUGAAGACAUUCAAGUUUUUGCUAUUUAUAGAACAAGCUACUACAAAUUGCAUGAUGGAGAAUGUGAUACAUGAAUAUUUUUAAGGAUACAAAUUAUUUAUUUGUGAAUUAAAACUCGCAAGAAUUCAAAUUGACAUUUUUAUGUCUUUCUUUAUUACUUAACAAUUGAUUAGAUACAACGCAAUUUUAGUAAGCAAAAAACUUCGGAAAAUAUUAAAAUUUAUUUAGUACUCCUACUUAUUUCGAAUUAUAGUAAUUGUAUAAUGGAUUUUUAUAAAUAUUUAAUAAAAAUCUUAAUAUUUA